AACGUUCAUGUCUGAUCUUAAGAUUUUUCGACUCUAUAAAAGAUUUCCACUGAUUCACCGUCGUGAAAAUCAAACAUGUCUCUGAUUCCGAGCUUCUUCGAGGGCCGCCGGAGCAACGUCUUCGAUCCGUUCUCCAUGGAGCUGUGGGACCCUCUGUUUUCCAACACGCUGGCCAAUUUCACCGGCGGCGAGCCCGCUCGGGAGACGUCUGCCUUCGCCAAUGCCCGCAUUGACUGGAAGGAGACGCCGGCGGCUCACGUCUUCAAGGCCGACGUCCCGGGGCUGAAGAAGGAGGAGGUGAAGGUGGAGGUGGAAGAAGGCCGGGUGCUGCAGAUCAGCGGCGAGCGGAGCAAGGAGAGGGAGGAGAAGAGCGACAAGUGGCACCGCGUGGAGAGGAGCAGCGGGAAAUUCCUCAGGCGGUUCAGGCUGCCGGAGAAUGCCAGGGUUGACCAGGUCAAGGCGGCGAUGGAGAACGGCGUCCUCACUGUCACCGUCCCAAAGGUGGAGGAGAAGAAGCCCGAAGUGAAGAACGUUCAGAUCUCCGGCUAGAAAUCGAAGAACGUACCAAAAAUCGACAUAUCCUACAUAUCCAUAUUUGUCUAUUUCUGCUUUGAUUUUGUGGUCAUGUUUUUGGUCCAUUUGAAUAAAUGCUGAAUAGUUCGUUGUAAUUUUCGAUCAGCGUCAUGCGUUAAUUCAAUACACCAUUCAUUUCAAUCCCUCCCUUUUUUUAGAAGAUAUGCUCUGCUCUAGUGCUCUGGCAUGUGUUCCGGGCUGAUCCCCCCAAGCAUGAGAAAGUAUUUUAAAAUGAGAAAUUUGCCGACUAAAAAGAACUAUGUUUC